UAGAGCCUACAUUGGACCUGGGCUGAAAUGCAGGUGAGAGACAAGCCUAGCUCAUAUCCGGAGAUGCCAUAGCUGAGGCCAACACAGGAAAAGGAAACUGUCCUUCCUUCAGCAGGACCUCAGCCUCUCCCUGCCAGCCCAGCCUUCACUCCUACCAAAUGUGAGCAAAGCUGAAGCCCCACUGCACCAAGUGGCCGUGCUGCGCUCAGUGUUCAAGGUGACACCCAAAGAAGUGGGAACAAAGCAGCUGCACCCCAGCAGCACCACUUGGAGAUUAUCUAUGUCUGUAUGGAGCUCUACUUCAAUAAGUGUACCUGCCGCCUAAGAUUUCACAGUAUAAAAUCACUUCAUUGAGCCAGUGCUUCGUGACAGUUCAAGAGGCUAAGAAGAAAACCUGGAGAUGAGACCUGAAGGAAGAUGGAGCCAGGCUGCCCCUGUGGCCUGUGAAGAAGCAGACUCGGUUUCAGGAAGGCCCACCACCGAUGUAGACGAAGAAGAUGGCAGUCCCCAAAUCUGCCGUGUCUGUGGGGACAAGGCCAAUGGCUACCACUUCAAUGUCUUGACAUGUGAAGGCUGCAAGGGGUUCUUUAGGAGGGCCAUGAAACGCAACGUGCGGCUGAGGUGCCCCUUCCGCAAGGGCACCUGCGAGAUCACGCGCAAGACGCGGCGGCAGUGCCAGGCCUGUCGCCUGCGGAAGUGCCUGGAGAGCGGCAUGAAGAAGGAGAUGAUCAUGUCGGACGCUGCGGUGGAGCAGAGGCGAGCCCUGAUCAAGAAGAAGAAGAAGGAACGUCUGGAGGCGCAGCCCCCCGGGGUGCAGGGCCUGACCCCCGAGCAGCGCAUGUUGAUCGCGGAGUUGAUGGACGCUCAGACGAAAACCUUCGACACCACCUUCUCCCACUUCAAGGAUUUCCGGCUACCAAAGGUGUUCAACAGUGAGUGUGAGACCCCAGAGCUCCUGCAGAGUCCACUGGGAGAGCCGUCUCUCAACUGGAGUGAGUUCAGGAAAGAGCUCUGUCCCAUGAAGGUUUCUCUGCAGCUGCGGGGGGAAGACGGCAGUGUCUGGAACUACAACCCCCCGGCCUACAGGGAUGGCAAGGAGAUCAUCCCCAUGCUGCCCCACCUGGCUGACAUGUCAACCUACAUGUUUAAGGGUGUCAUCAACUUCGCCAAAGUCAUCUCCUACUUCAGGGACUUGCCUAUCGAGGACCAGAUCUCCCUGUUGAAGGGAGCCACCUUUGAAAUGUGCGUACUGAGGUUCAACACGUUGUUCAACACAGAGACGGGGACCUGGGAGUGUGGCCGGCUGGUCUACUGUUUUGAAGACCCUGAAGGUGGCUUCCAGAAACUUCUAGUGGAUCCUGCGAUAAAAUUUCACUACAUGCUGAAGAAGCUGCAGCUGCAUAAGGAGGAGUAUGUGCUGAUGCAAGCCAUCUCCCUCUUCUCCCCAGAUCGCCCUGGUGUAGUAGAGCGCAGGGCAGUGGACCAGCUACAGGAGAGAUUUGCCCUCACCCUGAAGGCCUACAUUGAGUGCAGUCGGCCACAGCCUGCCCACCGGUUCCUGUUCAUGAAGAUCAUGGCUGUCCUCACAGAGCUACGGAGCCUCAAUGCUCAGCACACCCAGCAACUGCUGCGAAUCCAAGAUACCAACCACUUCUUCACCACCCCACUCAUUCAGGAGCUGAUCAGCAACACAGAUGACUGAGAAGCUGUCUCUAAGUGAGGCUUCUGUGGGACAGGCAGACCCGGAGCCCUCCGCCCGAGCUGCCACUUCCAGGGCUACACAGAUGGACACCGUGAUAGCUCACACUGCCUUGUGACCCCAGCCUGGCAGGCAUUUCUCCAGAAGGGGACUCAGUUCAGCAAAGGAAAACUACAGACCCCAUGUGGACAGUACUAGCUUAAAGUUCAGGUCUAUCAGGGUGGCAAAGCUGCCCUUCCCUUAGACAAAGCCCUGUGGUCUGGGAAUAAUCUCUAAAUCCCACUAAGUCCCAAAUCCCACAGAAGUAAUGGGGUUGGGAGAGAGAAGGGGUGAGCAGGCCGGGGCCAAGUGAUGGUCCACACUCAUAUACCAGCUCAAUGGCUUGGCUUUUCAUCGGCAUUUUUAAUGUUCAACCCCAACACCCAGCCACUUUCUAGCUGCUCAGAGGAUUCCAGGCCUGUGUCCAUCAUUCAUGCAGUGACUUCUUAUCUUCUAGAGAAGCCAGGAGGCCUGCAUUACAUGCAAGAAGCGUGUCACGACCUUGUUCUGUGCACAUUAUUCUGGGUCUGUGCAUCCACAGACCCAAAUACAUUAAUACUAUCAAGACCUGCUUGAGUUGGUAUGCAGCAGUGACUGGGAUGUGGCUUCUGACCUGAGUUUAUAGUUAAGAAAACAAAGCACUUGUUAUUAAUAGUUCCCCAAACCCUGUCAUAACAAACAGUUAUUACAAAAAUCAAAACAAGUGACAUAUGACAUAGCAGAAGGAACUUUACAUGGAGGCUGAGCUGCACUGGGUUCCGUGAGACCAAGGUGCCAAGGACAGGUCCCUGUGGGAAGACAGGGGCUGCCUGUCUGACUUUGGGUAGGUAUAUCCACUCCCAUUCUGACUGGGGCCUGGCUUCAGAUGUGUGGCGACAAGCCCAAGGUGACAGUUAGUAAAUGUGCCACUUGCAUGCACUGAUGUUCCUGUGCAUCUCUUCUCAAAGGGUGUAGAAGUGUCUGCCUUGCUCACAACCAUUUAUGAAUAAAAAUGUUAUUUCCACAAUCUACACUUCACUUUACAUAAGAAUGAGGCUUAGCAAAUAGAUUCCUGGGUUUCAUGUGAAGUCAAGGCAAGGAGAUUUAAGUAAUAAAUUUUAGGCCAGAUA